AACUCAAUUCUCAAGAUGAAUCGCAGCAGCCGUUCUGAUAUAGCGCUCGGUCGAGUCUUCGUUACCGGCGGCUGUGGCCUCCUCGGCUUCCAUAUUGUCAAGUUCCUCGUCGAAAACGGUCAUUCACCUAACGACAUAUUUGUGUUUGAUAUUUCGACUAAGAACAAUCGGUUCAGCAAUGGAGUCACGUACAUCACUGGAGACAUUGGGUCUAAGAGUGACGUUGGCUCUGCUCUCGACCAAGCGAAGCCAUCUGUAAUCAUCAACACCGCUUCACCAGACGCGAUCAGACCUGGCCGAGCGCUAUUCGAACGGUGCAACAUCCUCGGGGUCCAAAACGUAAUCGAAUGCGCACAGGAGCGAGGAAUCCGAGUCCUUGUGCACACAUCAAGUUCCGAAGUCGCCCAGGAUGGAUAUCACGACCUUGUCUGGCUCAAGGAAGUCCCGGUGCUGGACAAUCCUGUUGAUGGCAGCGUCUACGCGCGAUCAAAAGCUAUAGGCGAAACCAUUGUGCUCGGCGCCAAUCGACAGAAAGGCCUUCUUACUACCGCGAUUCGUUUGACCACAAUGAUGGGAGAGAACGACAUGAUUUUGACCAAGCAUUUCCUCGACCUCGGCAAAUCGGGCAAGAUCAAAUUCCAGAUUGGGCAAGGGAGGAAUCUAUACGACUUCAUCUAUGGCGGUAACGCGGCAGAGUGCCAUAUCCUGGCAGCACAGGCUCUAUUGCGCAUUGCGCAGUCCGACAAGCAUGCGCUAGAAAACGAAGAGAAGCGCGUAGAUGGCGAGUCGUUCAACCUGAGCAACGGCGAUCCAUGGCCGUUCUGGCAAGCUGCGAGAUUCGUGUGCAAGGAAGGAGGCUAUCCGAUCGCAGAAGAGGAUGUCUGGAAAAUGCCUAUCGGCGUGCUCUCGUUCUUCAUGGUGAUUUGGGAGUCCAUCUACUGGCUCCUGACGCUUGGCGGUACGCCUCCGGUGACACUGAAGAUGAUGAAGUAUACUGCACAGCGCCGGACUUUUGAUAUCACGAAGGCGAAAGAGAGGUUGGGAUACGUCCCCAGGGUGAGCGUUGCAGAGGGGUUUCGCCGGGGCGUCCAUUGGCACUUGGCGCGCGAGAAGAAACUGUAAACCAGACAUUAUAUCCUUCUAUCGGGCCCAGGAGAUGAGAAGCAACCAGUUGAAGCAGAAAGCGACUGAAGACGACGUGGUGCGGACUAAGGAGAUGUGAAGGGAAAGAUGGGAUGGCCUGGCGACUACCGCGUAUAUGAGAAGUAGUAGCUCGUGGCCCGCAACUGCUCUUUGCACCGUGCGGAGACUGUCGCAAUAGUGAUAUGCUCUUCAUCGAAUCCUACUUAUAAUAUUACCUCAUUUGUCGCAC